CCUAUGCGCGCUCCCGUUUCACGUUCGGCCGGGCGGCGGUUUAAUGUGUUCUAAACAAAGUAGGAAUCACCUCGCAGACCGAAUGACUCCAGCAUACGGAGCCCUUUGCGUUUAUCUCCGUUGCUGCCUUUUGUCUGAAUCUCUGAAGUGAAGACUUCAGAGAUGGGACCGGGAUAAAAGAGAAUAUUUCAGAAACCGUGGACUGCGGGGUUUCGAGUGGGGGCAGAGGCGCAGCGGCCCGCGGCCGGGAAGGAGCUUAGCAGUCGGGAGAAGCAGAAGGAGUCGCCGGCCAUUGUAGUAUCGGAACGGAAUUAAUUUCCCGGACAAUUGAAGCGUCGUCCCCGCCCCCUACUAGCCUUCCCGAUUCUGUUCCGGAAGAUUUCUGACCGGUGUCAUCGCCAAGAUAGCCGGGCCGGGCAGGAAGCGGCACACCUCAGAUCCAGACCCCAGCAGCGGCAGUGAUUCCGGCGACGGGCGGCCCGUCAGCGCCAAGUGCCGGAAGAUGGCCAGCAGCGGCGCAGCCGGGAGCGAGACAGUGGGCCGCCGCGGAGGCGCUCACCAAAGGAGGGGCAGCGGCAGGGACAACAGCUCCGACCUGUCCUCCAGCACCAGCAAGAAGAAGCAGAAGGACAGGGCCAACCAGGAGAGCAGAGAGGCCAAGAGGGCCGCCGCUGCAGCAGUGGACGAGGUUACUGAAGAAGUCAAGAAAGAUGUGUUUGUGGACUGGAAGCAGAAUGUCAAUGAAGUGACUGUCAGACUGCGCUGUGGGGAGGGGGUGCUGAGGAUAGAGGAUAUCAACACCUCCUUCACCGAUACACACUGCCAUGUGUGCUUCCCAGAUGGACGGGAGUGGAGCUGCCAGUUGCAGGAGGAAAUCGAGGCGUCGUGUAGCAGAGUCCAGUACAAAGAGAAGGGAGGCUUCCUGCAUGUCAUCAUGCACAAGAAGAUUCCUUUUCACAUCUGGCCUUCGCUUAAGUCCAACAAGAAGGAGAAGGAGGCAGUGCCUACAGAGACCAAAAAGGACAAGGAGCUGGAGAGGAAGCCUGUUGCCUUGGAGUCAUCAGAGGAACCCAAACUGUCGCAGCAGAAGCCCCAGCCAUCCUCCUCACCUGCACACGGCGAGUCAAGACGCGGUGGCGGCAAAGCAGAGCGGGGCGUCAAGCGCGGCCUGAAAAACAAACCGCCGUGUGACAAGGCCACCAAGGACUCUGUAGGGGGGAGAGGUGGAGCUGCAGAUGGACCAACCACCACCAGCAAGCCCGUUGGAGUCCCGCACAGCGAGCCUCAGGAACCCAGUGCCAAGCGCACCGUUGUACAGCCGCCCCCACCCCCCAGGGAGGCCUCGUCACCGGCCGACAAGGACACGCACUCCGUCCUGUCCACGGCCGGCGGGGAAGCUCCACACACGCACCGGCCCGCUGGUCGGAGCCCGCAGACGCAACACCGAGAUGGACACAGCGGUGCGGAGAGACGAGGCAGCGACCAGGAACAGAAACCAGGAGGCGCCGUCGCUGCUGGCAGCCGAACCAACACAACUCAGGGGGCAGAGAAGCCAAACCAGUCGUCAGGCGGAUGUGGAGCGACAGCACACGGCAGCGAUGGCCAACCAGCAGCUCCAGUCGUCACCAGCGACCGCCUCGAACCCGUCGGCGUCAUCGGCGGAGCGUCUUCUGUAGAGACACAGGGAGAUAGACUUGACUCUGAGCCAGAGAAGGAGCCUGUUGAGCGGGAUUCUCCGAUCUGCCAGCAGAUUGAAUCAAGAGAGGCGGGUUCGUUGCCAGCUGUUGCCGUGGCUGCCACACGUGACCAGUCUCCCGGUCCUGCUCAGAGGCAGGGAGGCUGUGACGGAGAGGAGAAGCAGGACCAGUCGAAGGAGGAGCCUUCUCUGGAAAUGAAGCCGCAGGAAGUCCCAGAGCCGAUGGUUAACUUGCAAUUUGUGAAGAAUGACUCGUACGAGAAGGGCACGGACCUGAUGGUGGUUAAUGUUUACAUGAAGGGGAUCUGCAGGGAGUCGGCAAGGGUCAUCUUCAGGGAACAGGACUUCACCCUCAUCUUUCAGACAAGUGACACUAACUUCCUGCGGCUUCAUUCAGACUGUGGACCAAACACAGUCUUCAAGUGGCAAGUCAAACUCAGGAACCUGAUCCAGCCUGACCAGUGCAGCUACUCCUUCACCCCGUCCCGACUGGACAUCACCCUGAAAAAGAGGCACAGCCAGCGCUGGGGGGGUCUGGAGGCCCCCGCCCCACAAGGUGCAGUGGGUGGCGCCAAGGUCGCUGUGCCCUCCAGCCCUUCAUGCAUGGAGAAAAGCCAGCCAGGCAGCAGCCAGCACAGCCUGCCAGCCAAGGAGGAGCCGCCGAGGGUCGGGGAGGAGAAACCCAAGCCCCCUAAGGCCUCAUCCAGAGUGGAGGAUGGCGGUCUGGAUACUGUGGCUCCUCGCAGUGUCUCUGAGCAUGUUGCCAUCACCAAGCCAGAGCCCACGCCUAAACCGACCUGCAUGGUGCAGCCCAUGACCCAUGCGCCUCUCGCCAGCAACGAGCGCCAUGAAGAAGAGGAGGAGAAGAAGGUGUGCCUGCCUGGUUUUACAGGAUUGGUGAACCUCGGCAACACCUGCUUCAUGAACAGUGUCAUCCAAUCCCUGUCCAACACCAGAGAACUCAGGGACUACUUUCAUGAUCGAGCAUUCGAGGCAGAAAUCAACUGCAAUAAUCCUCUGGGAACAGGAGGCCGGCUCGCCAUCGGCUUCGCCGUGCUGCUCAGGGCCCUUUGGAAGGGAACACAUCACGCCUUCCAACCCUCAAAGCUCAAGGCGAUUGUGGCCAGUAAAGCCAGUCAGUUCACAGGUUACGCCCAGCACGAUGCCCAGGAGUUCAUGGCCUUCUUGUUGGACGGGCUCCACGAGGACUUGAACCGCAUCCAGAACAAACCUUACACGGAGACCGUCGACUCUGACGGGCGCCUCGAUGAGGUGGUGGCUGAGGAGGCAUGGCAGAGACACAAGAUGAGAAAUGAUUCCUUUAUCGUGGACCUCUUCCAAGGCCAGUUCAAAUCCAAGCUGGUCUGCCCCACAUGCUCCAAGGUGUCCAUCACCUUUGACCCUUUCCUCUACCUGCCCGUGCCCUUGCCCCAGAAACAAAAGGUGCUCUCAGUUUUCUACUUUGCCAAGGAACCUCAUAAGAAACCCAUCAAGUUUUUAGUGAGUGUGAGCAAGGAGAACUCGAGCACCGCAGAAGUCCUCGAAUCCAUCUCCAGGAAUGUCCGGGUCAAACCAGAGAACCUCAGACUGGCAGAGGUGGGGAAGAACCGCUUCCAGCGCAUGUUCUUGCCGUCUAAUUCCCUGGACACGGUGUCCUCCUCUGACACGCUGUUCUGCUUCGAGGUGCUCUCCAAAGACAUGGCCAAAGAGAGAGUGGUAUUGCUCCGAGUGCAGCAGAGACUUCAGGUCCCGAAUAUCCCCAUCUCAAAGUGCGCCGCCUGCCUGAAGCCUCCAGUGUCUGAGGAAGACAAGCUGAAGCGCUGCACUCGCUGCUACCGCGUGGGCUACUGCAAUCAAGUGUGUCAGAAGAGCCACUGGGCCAAUCACAAGGGCACGUGUCGACCCAUCAUUGAGAGCGUGGGCCUGCCCUUCCUGGUCAGCGUGCCGCAGUCCCGGCUCUCCUACGCCCGUCUCACCCAGCUACUAGAAGGUUACUCCAGGUUUUCCGUCAACGUGUUCCAGCCUCCUUUCCAGUCGGGCAGGACAUCCCCCGAAAUAUCCCAGUGCCGGGUUGACCUCCCACCGAUGCCAGCAGGCACUCCUGAGGGCCUUGGGCCGGAAAAGGAUGCCAUGGGUGACGGCGGUAAUGUUGGAGCAGGUGAUCUGGUUCUGGAGAGUCCCUCUCUGCUGCCUGAAUCCCAAGCGGACUAUGCUCAGGCCUCGGCCCUCCACUCUGGGGACUCCGAUUCCCUCUCCUCCUCCCAGACCUCUCUCUCCACCACGCAAACGGCAGAUUCUGGAUUUUCUGAGCCAAUCUCGGCCACCACCUCCUGCUGCUCUCUGGACCCUCAUGCUGAAAAAGAGACGUCCUGUGAGAAGGCGGUGCGACCAGAAGCUGCAGUAACGGGCUAUCAGCAUCCCAGUGAAUCGGCAUCAGGCCAUGCAAGUCAGUUCUACAUAGCGCUGCUGGACUCGAGCAACAAGGAACAGAGGCUGGAUGAGAGAGAGGACCUUCUAGCGGAGCUCCCUGAAGACACAAAGCUGGAGCUGGUGUGGAAAAACAAUGAGCGUCUGAAGGAGUACGUCCUGGUGAGCUCCAAAGAGCUGGAGUACGAGGAGGACCCCGGCUCUCUGAGUGAGACAGCCAGAGCGGGACACUUCACCCUGGAGCAGUGCCUCAACCUCUUCACAAAGCCAGAGGUGCUGGCACCAGAGGAGGCAUGGUACUGUCCAAAGUGCCAGCAGCACCGAGAGGCCUCCAAGCAGCUGCUGCUGUGGCGGCUGCCCAACGUUCUGAUCAUCCAGCUCAAACGCUUCUCCUUCAGGAGCUUCAUCUGGAGAGACAAGAUCAACGACAUGGUUGACUUCCCCGUCAGGAAUCUGGAUCUCAGUAAAUUCUGUAUUGGCCAGAAGGAUGAGAUGCAACAAGCCCCCAUCUACGACUUGUAUGCAGUCAUCAACCACUAUGGAGGAAUGAUAGGAGGCCACUACACGGCCUACGCUCGGCUGCCAAGUGACAAGAACAGCCAGCGCAGCGAUGUUGGCUGGCGUUUGUUCGAUGACAGUACGGUGACCAUGGUGGAGGAGAGUCAGGUGGUGACGCGCUACGCCUACGUCCUGUUCUACCGGCGACGAAACUCACCCGUGGAGAGGCCCCCGCGCUUCCACAGGCCCAUGGGAGCCGAGUCACCCACUUCUGCAGGAGCGACUGCCAGCCAGGCCUCUCUAAUUUGGCGGGAACUGGAGGAAGAUGAGGAGGGGCUCGACGGACGCCCCCGCGGACUGUUCCGCUCGGCGCCGCGGAGGCGUCGCACGUCGCGGGACCGGGCGGAGGAAGACGAAGGGUCGGUGCGACGGCACCGCAGGCGGAGGAUGUCGGACUAUCCCGACGACGAUUGCGUGCGCUAUUUUGUUCUGGGCACCCUGGCAGCCGUGUUUGCUCUGUUCGUCAACCUGGUCUACCCUCUCCUGAGCAAAUCCAACUGGACCUGAGCAGGCGCUCUAUGUGGGAAUUGCUCCGGCCGCAGCAUUCAGAAGUAUGAAUGCGAGGUCGGGCCAACAAACGGAAGUCUGACUGGAACAUUUUGGAAGAGGCCGUUCUAGUUAAGACGUAAACGCUUCUCUUACGGAACCAGCGGGUCAACCAGCCGUUGGUCUUCAGAAUGAGUUUGUAUACCUCUACAUGGCUCAAGCCUUUAAAAUACCUUGGGCACUACGAGGGAUACACCGAGCCGACCUUUUCAGUCCUGAUACCGAGUAGCGAUGACCUACCAGGGUUUCCUUAAUAAGCUUCAAGCCUCACUGUGAGGAGGCUGGGAUCAUUCUCUUAGGUGCAAGGCAACAUCAGGAUUAAAUUAAAGUCAUGGACUAACUUUUUAAAACAAAAUGUAACAAAUAGAUGUAAAUGUACAGACUUUUUAUUAAACCAUAAAUUGUGCUGCAGCAAUUUGGAUGAAAACAAAAAAAGUAGAAAUUUAUCAGCAGUUCAAACCUUUUUAAAUGAAGCAACAAAUUGGUUGAGUUUCGGUGCGUCCCUACUUGAGCCCAACAGUCCACUUCAGAAGACACCAACUCUGAGAAGGUGUCGGUUAAAGCUGCAGUGGAAUGAUGCUAUCGGCUCACAGUACAGCAACAUGAGUGUAAACCAUUCACACCAGUGCGUAUGCAUUGCAUAGCAUUGGCUCCAGUGUAUGUGUGCUUGUUUUUGUUUUCUUUAGUGUCACAUUAUAAUAAUUCUCAGAGGAUGAGCUCCGACAGCCUUAAAGUUUAAUAACUUGAUGUACUGUACAGUUUAAUACUUGGUGUAUUACCACACACAAGAAGGGAAGCAAAGCAACGUACUGCUGCAGUACCUAUGUUAGCCACCAGCUGAAGUUUUACUGCUUCACCUUGCACUCAGACCCGGGGGACAGAAGCCAUUAGAUCCAUCUCUGCUCUCUUCUAGACACUCAUAAACACUCAUUUUAGCUUGUAGACACACACGAGUUGUUAGUUCACAUCUGCCUCAAGCUGUUUGUUUGUUGUUGUGACUUUUAAUGAAUAUGAACAAACCCUAUUAAAACAGCAAAGAAGAAACCA